AUCCUUAAUUAAAACACACAUGCAUGGCCUAUAAAUACUUGUGAAAUUAGCUGUGGCUAAUCACCCAAAAACUAUCAUAAACUCAAAGAUUUAUUAUACAUUUAGAUCGAUAAAUCAUAUCACAAAAACCAAAUUAUCAAUAUAAUGACGCCAAGUACUACAACUACUCAUAUGAUAAGUGCUAUUGUUUUCAUUGUUGCCACCCUACUACCAUGUCCGACCAAUGGAGCCGGUGGGCGUUGGCAAUUCUUGACACCAAGCAUAGGCAUUUCCGCCAUGCACAUGCAGCUUCUCAACAACGACAGAGUCAUCAUGUUCGACCGCACCGACUUCGGCACCUCCAACAUCUCUUUAGCUCCCGGGAAAUGCCCAGCUGGAGCCAAAGACUGCUCCGCACACUCUGUCGAGUACAACGUAGCCACCAACAAAUUCAGACCACUCACGGUCCAGACCAACGUCUGGUGCUCCUCUGGCUCUGUUAUGCCUGAUGGAACUCUAGCCCAAACAGGUGGCUCCUUUGAAGGAGAACGAAGAGUUAGACUCUUUAAGCCUUGUGUUAAUAAUAACUGUGAUUGGCAAGAGGUCAAUCUUGGACUGGCCAAGAGUAGAUGGUACUCAACCAAUCAUGUCUUGCCAGAUGGCAGGCAGAUAAUCAUUGGUGGAAGAAAACAAUUCAACUACGAGUUUUAUCCAAAAACUACUGACCCAAAUGUCCAUGAUUUACCAUUCUUAGCUCAAACAAACGAUAAGGGAAUAGAGAACAAUCUUUACCCUUUUGUUUUUGUCAAUGUGGAUGGAAACUUAUUUGUUUUCGCUAACAACAGAGCUAUUUUGUUGAACUACCUUAAAAACCAAGUUGUGAAAACUUACCCGCAAAUACCGGGUGGGGACCCGAGAUCUUACCCGAGCACUGGGUCUGCUGUGCUUUUACCGUUGAAGAAUAUUCAAACCAAGAAUGUUGAAGCUGAAGUUUUGGUAUGUGGCGGAGCCCCGAAAGGAUCUUUUACUGAAGCAAGUAAAGGGAAGUUUAUUCAAGCGUUGAAUACUUGUGCCCGGAUUAAAAUAACCGACCCGAAUCCAAACUGGGUCUUGGAGACUAUGCCUUUAGCCAGGUGUAUGGGAGACAUGACUUUGCUUCCAAACGGCAACGUUUUGAUCAUAAACGGAGCUGGAACGGGUACUGCUUCUUGGGAGUUGGGUAGAAACCCGGUUUUAAACCCGGUUAUUUACCGACCCGAGAAUAAGAUCGGGUCCAGAUUCGAAACUCAGAAACCAACAACCAUUCCUCGGAUGUACCAUUCCACGGCCGUUCUCCUCCGCGACGGUCGGGUCCUUGUCGGCGGAAGCAAUCCCCAUUCCAAUUACGAGUUCACAAAUGUUCUAUUCCCAACGGAGCUGAGCUUAGAGGCUUUCAUUCCGUCGUAUUUGGAAAGACCAAAUCUCCGACCCGUAAUCGUUUUACCCGGGUCGCAAACCAAGGUCAAGUAUUCGCAGAAGUUGACAAUUCGAUUUCGGGUGAUGGGUAAUAACGUAGACGCGAAAUCAGUGAAAACGACAAUGGUUUCUCCGUCGUUUACGACUCACUCAUUCUCAAUGAACCAGAGAUUGUUGGUACUUACACCCACUGGGCAAGUGAAAAAAAUAGGUGGAAUGAUGUACCAAGUGGAGGUUAACACUCCUGCUUCGGCUAAUCUUGCCCCUUCGGGGUAUUAUCUUUUAUUUGUCGUUAAUGGAGAAUUUCCUAGCCAAGGUAUUUGGAUCCACAUCAGCUAAUUAAUAAUCAACCAACAACAAAAGUAGGGAAACGAUUUUGUUCGUUUAUUGUACUUUUACGGGAUGUAUUCCGUGAUGUACGGCUGCCAUUAGAUAGGGAGUUAUUUAAUCUGAGAGCUGGGAUUGAUCUAGGGGUAAUUAGGGUUAAAAAAUAGUAACGUACCCUAAGACCAUUAUUACGUACCCUGAGAGACUCAUCUAAUGUACUCGGUAGAUAACAGAAUACAUUCCGUGAAAAGUACAUCACAGGACAAAAUCGUGUCCCAACAAAAGUAUAAGUGUGAAUAGUAUUUUGUGUCUAAGUUGGAAAAUGUUAUUGUUGAUCGUA